CUGCCAUUGAGGUAGACAGAAUCUCUCUGUUGUCUGUCAUCUCUGGUUUUAGUUUGUCUCUCUGCGUUUGUCUAUUGCUGUACUGGCUGGAAUCCAAUGAACACUUUCCGGUAGCAGAUUAGUUGUGUGAGGCGUGUAAUCUUUCGUGGGAAAGAGGCUACUGGUAACUGAGAGAGGCGGGACGUGAAUAUGGGGAAUAAAGAAUCGAGAAGUAGCAGCAGCAGCAGCAGCAGCAACUACUACUAUGAUUCCCGCAGCUACGACUCCCGAUCAUUUCGAAGCUCAUCUAAUCUCUCUUCAUUUUCCGAGAACUACUAUGGCCGUGACAGAAAAGGCAAGGUGCCGUCAAAAUACGCCAGAAUCGGUGAUGAUUACAACUCGCUGGAAGAGGUCACAAAUGCUCUUGCGGAAGCUGGCCUCGAGUCUUCCAAUCUUAUUGUGGGGAUCGAUUUCACAAAAAGCAAUGAAUGGACAGGUGCACGAUCUUUCAACCGCAAGUGCCUACAUCACCUGGGAUACCCGAAUCCAUAUGAACAGGCAAUAUCUAUAAUUGGGAGGACACUCUCGAGUUUCGAUGAAGACAAUCUCAUUCCUUGUUUUGGUUUUGGCGAUGCUACAACGCAUGAUCAGGAAGCCUUUAGCUUUUAUCCUGACAAUAGAUCAUGUGAGGGCUUUGAGGAAGUUCUUUCCUGUUAUAGAGAUCUAGUUCCGAAUAUAAACUUGUCUGGACCAACAUCAUUCGCUCCCAUUAUUGACACUGCCAUUGAAAUCGUGGAUAGCAGUGGUGGACAGUAUCAUGUCCUUGUGAUCAUUGCCGACGGACAGGUUACGAGAAGCGUUGACACCAGUCAUGGCCAUCUGAGUCCUCAAGAACAGACUACAAUAGAUGCUAUCGUGAAAGCAAGCGAGUAUCCAUUGUCCAUCGUGUUGGUCGGAGUUGGGGACGGACCAUGGGAUAUGAUGCACAAGUUUGACGACAACAUUCAUUACCGAGCUUUUGACAACUUUCAGUUUGUAAACUUCACCGACAUCAUGUCGAAGUACAUGCCUGCAUCCAAGAAGGAGGCAGAGUUUGCCCUUGCGGCAUUGAUGGAAAUACCAACACAAUACAAAGCUACACUUGAUCUCCAACUUCUUGGACGUCGAAGAGGAACUUCAGGAAGGUUUGCUCUCCCUCCACCGAAGCAGAUCCGUGCCACAAAACCUUACCCCAAGCACUCAAGCACUGUCGAGCACAGAAGUGGCUUUUCCUACACUCCUACUCCGUUCACUGAAAAUCCUUCUCACAAGAAUUGUCCCGUGUGCCUGUGGAGUAAGAAGGAUCUUGCAUUUGGAUGUGGGCAUCAGACGUGUUAUGAGUGCGGAAGGGACUUGGCCUCAUGCCCAAUCUGUCGCUCAUUCAUAACUACCAGGAUAAAGCUUUAUGACUGAACAUCAAAACCAAGUAGAUGGAUAAGGCGAUAGCUGAGGGCCAUGAUUUACCGGUGAUUCUGCUGGCUCUGGUAUAGUUCUCUUCUAGUUUUUGACCCUUUGCGGACAUGGAGUUUGCUUUUGGUGUUUGUCGCAACCAGUUUCGUUUUCGGAUCUUUGCUAAUUGUUUAGCUUUUAGCCGUCAAUGUAAAUUCUACCUAUCUUCUAGCCUGUUUAUAUCAUCCUCCCAUUUUCUACAACAUCAUCUAAUUGCUUACA